AUGUAUUGCCCAAUUAUGGAAAGCUUGGUAGAUGAUAUAGAAGAAUAUGAGCUAGACCUAGAAAUCUCUUGCACUUGUAUAGGAAGUUGUGGGAGAGAUUGUGAAUGCUAUAAUAGAUAUGGAUUCGCUUAUUCAGAAACUGGGAAAAUUAUUGAAAAUUUUAAUGACACCAAGCCUAUAUUUGAAUGCAAUAAUAAUUGCUCAUGCACGGUAGAGUGCUAUAAUAGAGUUGUGCAGAAAGGCUCAAAAUGCAAGAUCAGUAUCAGGAAAACUAUAAAUAAAGGACUAGGGGUAUUUGCUGAAGAAAAUAUUGAAAAAGGGGAAUUCAUAGGGAUUUAUGCUGGAGUAAUCGUAGAUAAUAAUUGUGAAGGGCCUUAUGUAUUUUUGAUUAGAGAAAAUACACCAUUAAAAACUUAUACAACUGCUUUUGAUGCACAAUAUUCUGGAAAUUUUUCAAGGUUCAUAAAUCAUGGAUGCAACCCAAACUUGCAAGCUUUAGCUAUAAGAGUGAACCAUAUAAUCCCUACUGUAGCUUUUUUUAGCAUAAAGCCUAUCGCUAAAGGAAAAGAACUCACAUUUGAAUAUAGAAAAUACUCAAAUGAGCAGCAAUGCUUCUGUGGAUCAAAAAAAUGCAAAGGUACAUUUUAG